AUGGUACCCAAUUCGCCGCUCGUGGACCUGCUCGUGCAGCGACAGCAUCACCACGUGGCCCUAGAAGGGGUUCCUACAGCAGCACGUAUUGGAGACUUGCCCUUGUUCCUUGGCGAAGCAAGAGCUGCACAGGACGUCGCAUUUCUAAACGCCAAUAAUAUUCAGGCCAUUAUUGCAUUGGGGACAGGAGAUCUCACGGUGAAGCCAUGUGACGUCCUGCUGAUUGAUAUCCUCGACAUGGAGGACGAGCCCCUGUUGCCUCAUUUCGACGAGUGCAUUCAGUUUCUAAAUCGAUUUCUAACGCGUCAAGCAGCAGCAGUGCUUGUGCACUGCGUGUACGGCCAAUCGCGUAGUGCGACGAUCUGUGUGGCAUACGUAAUGGCUACUCAAGAGAAGACGCUGCUAGAGGCGUACGAUAUCGUGCAGCGUGCUCGACCGUGCAUCUCGAUCAAUACGGGAUUCUUGCGCCAACUGGAUUUGUUCGAAAGGAUGCAAAAGGACCCGAACUGGAUGGGCCGCACGCCUGCGCAUGCCGAAUUGCGGACAAGAAUGGCACAACAGCAACGAGGAAAGACCGGAGCAGCUCAUAUCGUCGGCACUGUGCAACUCGCACGAUCGAGCAGCUCGGUGUGUUGUCGAAAAUGCACUUACGUGCUGUGCACGACGAGCAAUCAGUUACUGCACUUGAGCCCGGGUGAAAGCAGUGGUGGUGGACGCUGCGCUGGACUGUUUAUCGAACCGAUGACGUGGAUGACGAAGGACCCUGUCUUUAUUCGGAACAGCGUUGGCAAGCUGCUUUGUCCAUCGUGUAAUGCUAAACUCGGCUUGUGGAAUUGGAUGGGUGUCAAAUGCAACUGUAAGCGUUUUGUCACGCCAGCGUUUCAACUGGUUCCAAGUAGAAUACAGCAGCGUGUGUGUGUAGCUAGCGCGAGAUAA